CUUAUUUAAUAUGUCUUCUUGGUGUAAGUACAAAUUAUACAAAUGUCUCAAACUCAACGAUGUAUCUUUUUUUUUAGUUUCUCAAAUUACAAGCACUGUCUCCAACGUCACCGGUUUAGGUACUACUGUAGAAGGUAUCAAGACUGUUGCUGAUACUAUCAAGGAUGGCCAAGCUUAUACUGCACUUGACGAACAUGAUCUUGACUGGACUUUGGCUUCAGGUUCCUCUACUGAAAACCAAGUAUUUUAUGUCACUACGAAAAAAGGUGCUUUUGCUUUUGUACAAUUGAUUCAUUCUAAUAUUGGGUAAGUUUAUAUUUUUUAAAAAAAAACUGGGGAUUCAUUAACGUCAACGUUUAAAGUCUUUGGAAUCCCACUAUUUCAUUUACCUUUCGAUUCUAUGACCCUGAAUCAAAUACGAAUGUGUUCAAGAACAUCAAUAUGAGCAAGUUUGAACUUUCAGCUGAUAAACGUUCUGUCAAGACAGACUACUUUAGUAUCCAAUUAGACCCUGCUCAGAAGACUUACAAAGUCAACAUCACGCAUCCUGAAUUGGUCGUGUCUCUUGACUUUGAUCGUGUCGAUAAAGGUUUCAAGGUGGGCGAAGGUAAGACAUACUUGGGAGGAGACAAGGCUUCAGCUGCCGGUUUCGUGUCACACAAGUUCUGGCCUCGCGCUGCUGCCAAGGGUACGUUUAUUGUGAACCAAAAGAUCCAUGAAGUUGAGGGUGAAGGUAUGUUUAUUCAUGCUAUUCAAGGCAUGCAGCCUCAAUUGAUUGCUUCCAACUGGAACUUUGUCAAUUUCCAUUCCGAUAAAGCCUCGAUUGGUAUGAUGCAGUUCCAAACCACCAAGCAAUACGGUUCGGUCAAUAUCAACCAAGGCUCACUUGUCUUGAACAAUGAGCUUGUGUGUGUCUCUAUUGAUAAUUCAGUUAAGCUACUUGAUUUGAUCAAGGAUCAAGAUACAGAAUAUGAUAUUCCCCAGCGUAUACAAUUGACAUGGAAGGGAAAAACAAUCAAAAAAGAAAAUGAAGAGCCUAAGGAUGUCACAAUUGAAAUGACAGUCGAAGUCAAGAAUUUGAUUGACAAGAUUGAUGUCUUGGCAGAAAUUCCUUAUGUAAUUCGAAAGCUUGUUCAAUCUUUAAUUGUGAAGCCUUAUAUCUAUCAAUGGCUCGAUAAGGCCACUGCUGAAAUUACCAUUGGUGAUGAAAAGAUUUCCACUGAAGGUCAAUGCUUCCAAGAACUUGUAUUUGUAUCUGGAUUUUAAUCUCUUUUUCUAUAUAUGCAACACGCGCUUUUUUUUUGUCUACUUUUAUUUACCUGUUUUUAAUAAAAUAUAUACAUAUAUAUAUAUACAUCAAUGCUUUUCUUUUAUUUUCCAUUUGGGGAAAUCAAACAAACAUUGCUUUUGUUUCAAACUCCCCAGUUUUGUCUAUUUGCUCCUUCCUUUUUCUCUUUCUCUCUUUUUUUUAUUAUUAUUAUUAUUAUGGCUGACCCUUUUCGUGAUAACCCAACAAGCGAGUCUUGGGCUGAU